UCUUUCGAAUUUCAGUAGGACUAGCUAGUAUUUGGAAUCCAGCUGCUGACAUUAAGUAAUACCUUACAAAAUAGUCCGUGUCGGAGACCCUCGGCUCUGAGCCAGCUUAGUAUAGCCAGCGGAUGGCUGCAAAACCUCGUGAUGAUGUUGUUCUAGAGUUGGAUGAACUGCACGCUUUCUCUGAAUUUCUGGGAGGCCUAGGUGGUCCUAAUAGUGGGCCAUCUUUACACGAGCUUCUGGGAGGCCUAGGUGGUCCUAAUAGUGGACCAUCUAUACAAGAGCUUCUUGAAGGCCUAGGUGGACCUGAUAGUGGGCCAUCUAUACAAGAGCUUCUGGGAGGCCUAGGUGGUCCUACUAGUGGGCCAUCUUUACAUGAGCUUUUGGGAGGCCUACGUGGUCCUAAUAGUCGGCCAUCUUUACACGAUUUCUCUGAGUUUGUGGGAAGCCUCGGUGGUCCUGAUAUUGGUGAUGAACUUGGUCCCAUUACACCACUCCACAUAGCCUGUUUGAUGAAUAACUCUGAUCAAGUUGUUGAGUUAUUAUGUGACAAAGAAACGGAUAUCUCUGCUACUGAUAAAAAUGGAUCUACACCACUUCAUUUGGCUUGUCAGGCUGGGAACAAAGAAAUAGUUGAGCUUCUUAUUCUUGAAACAACUAAUCGUCUUACAUCUGCUUUCCAUGAAAAUGAUGCUCACUCUCAAAUUGAAUCUUAUUUCAAUCUCACUGAUAACCAUGAAAACACACCACUUGGUAUUGCCUGUAUAGCAGGGCAUACAGAAAUAGUUGAUUUACUACUGAAGCAGAAUAUAGUUAGAAUCAAUCACAUUAAUAGCCAAAAACGUACUCCACUUGGUAUGGCGUGUAUACAAGGACAUACAGAAAUAGUUAAACUACUACUGGAGUGUAAAGCUGAUGUCAGUAUCACUGAUGAAAAUAAACGUACACCACUUGGUAUGGCGUGUAUACCUGGACAUAAAGAAAUAGUUAAACUACUACUGAAGUGUGGAGCUAAUGUCAAUGUCACUGAUAAAAAUGGACUUACACCACUUUGUAAUGCCAGUAUACCAGGACAUACAGAAGUAGUUAAAAUACUACUGGAGCAUGGUGUGGCUAAUGUCAAUCACCCUAAUAAGGACAACGAUAUACCACUUGGUAUGGCUUGUGUAGGAGGACAUAAAGAAGUAGUUGAGCUACUACUGCAGAAAGGAGCUAAAGUCAAUCAUGUUAAUGAACAAAAGUUUACACCACUUGGCAUGACUUGUGUACCAGGACAUACAGAAAUAGUUAAAGUACUACUGGAGCAUGGAGCUAUUGUCAAUGUCACUGAUAAAGAUAGUAAUGCACCACUUGGUAUUGCCUGUGCACAAAAACAUACUGAAAUAGUUAAACUACUACUGAAGCAUGAUGGAGUUGAUGUCAAUUACCUCAAUAAAAAAGGACGUACACCACUUGUUAUGACCUGUAUAGCAGGAAAUACUGAAAUAGUUGAACUACUACUGGAGCAUAAAGCUGAUGUUAAUAUAGCUGAUGAGGACAAUGAUACACCACUUGGUAUUGCCUGUCAUGAAGGUCAUACAGAAAUAGUUAAAUUACUACUGAAAAAUGGAGCUGAUGUCAGUCGAACUAAUGAUAAAGGAUGUACACCACUUGCUAUGGCUUCUAUAGGAGGACAUAAAGAAGCAGUUAAACUACUUCUGGAGCAUACUAAAUAUGAUCCCAAUGUCAUUGAUAGUCUUAAAAAUACACCACUUAGCAAUGCCUGUUUAAGAGGAUUUACAGAAAUAGUUGCAGUACUGCUGAAGCAGGAUGGAGUUGAUAUCAAUCACACUAAUAGUCAAAAACGUACACCACUUGGUUGUGCCUGUAUAGAAGGGUAUACAAAAAUAGUUAAACUAUUACUGGAGCAUAGAGCUGAUUUCAAUAUCACUGAUGAUAAUAAACGUACACCACUUGGUAUGGCGUGUAUAGAAGGACAUACAGAAAUAGUUAAACUACUACUGGAGUAUAAAGCUGAUGUCAAUGUCACUGAUAAAAAUGGACUUACACCACUUGGUAAUGCCAGUAUACCAGGACAUACAGAAAUAGUUCAACUACUACUGGAUCAUGGUGUGGCUAAUGUUGAUCACCCUGAUAAAGACAAUGAUACACCACUUGGUAUGGCUUGUAUAAAAGGGCAUAAAAAAGUAGUUGAACUACUACUGAAGCAUGGAGCAAAUGUCAAUGUCACUAAUGAACAAAAACAUACACCACUUGUUAUGGCUUGUAAAAGAGGACGUAAAGAAGUAGUUGAACUGUUGCUGAAACAGGAUGGAGUUGAUGUUAAUGCCACUGAUGAACGAAAUCGUACAGCACUUGGUAUUGUCUGUCAUAAAGGACAUACAGAAAUAGUUAAACUACUACUGAAGCAUGAUGGAGUUGAUAUCAAUCACACUGACUUUAAGGGAAAUACACCACUUGGUAAUGCCUGUUUAAAAGGACAUACACAAAUAGUUGAACUGCUACUGAAGCAUGGUAAAGAUAAAAUCAAAAACACUAAUUACAAAACUCGUAUACUACGUCGUAUGGCCAGAGCAGAAGGGCAUAAAAAGCAGUCUGAAAAAGUUACUAUUAAUCACAAAAAUGAGGAAAAUCGUACACCACUUGGUAUUGCCUGUCAUGAAGGACAUACAGAAAUAGUUAAACUACUACUGAAGUAUGGAGCUAAUGUCAAUAUCACUAACAAGGACAGUUGUACAGCGCUUCAAAUUGCCUAUAUGCGACAGCAUACAGAAAUAUUUGAACUACUAAUGGAGCAUGGAGCUAAUGUCAAUGUCACUGAUAAGGAAAGUGAUACAGUACUUCAUAGUGCCUGUGAAGGAGGACGUACAGAAAUAGUUAGACUACUACUGAAGCAUAAAGCUGAUGUCAAUGUCACUAAUAAGGACAGUUGUACAGCACUUCAAAUUGCCUAUAUACGACAACAUACAGAAAUAUUUGAACUACUACUGGAGCAUGGAGCUAAUGUCAAUGUCACUGAUAAGGACAGUGAUACAGUACUUCAUAGUGCCUGUAAAGGAGGACGUACAGAUAUAGUUAAACUGCUACUGAAGCAUAAAGCUGAUGUCAAUGUCACUAAUAAGAACAGUUGUACAGCACUUCAAAUUGCCUAUACAGAAAAACAUACAGAAAUAGUUGAACUACUAUUGGAGCAUGAUCGAGUUGAUGUCAAUGUCACUGAUAAGCUCAAUCAUACAGUACUUCAUAGUGCCUGUGAAGGAGGACAUACAGAAAUAGUUAAACUACUACUGAAGCGAGAAGAUACUAAUGUUACUAAAUGCGAUAAUAAUGAUCUUAAUGCUCUAGAUAUUGCUGUAGAGAAAGGAAAAAAAGAUGCUGCAAUGGCUAUAGUGAAUAGUGAUAAGCACUGGAAGGAUGCAUUACGUAAUUGUAUAGAUACAAGAGAGGAAAGUGCCUAUAAAGUGUGUGGAAUAACGUGUUUCAAAAAAAGAAAAAAUAAAAUCACAACACCAAUGAGAAGAAUGAUCAAGAAGAUGCCAGAUGUAGCUAAAGUUGUUUUUGAAAAGUGCUGUGAGAAAGAUAACCCACCAGAUCAUCCUGAUCUUGAGAUUACUUUUAAUUAUGAGUUCCUUGAUGAUUUUGAUCUUAAUAAAAGGACUAGUAAUAACAGGACACCUGAAAAAUGGCCUCCACGGUUAAAAUAUUCUAGUGAGAAUCAUUGUCUUAAUAUUCUUGCUGAUUCACAAAGUGCAGAUUUAUUGAAGCAUCCACUUGCUGCUACACUACUUGAUCAAAAAUGGAAUAAAAUAGGCCGUAUAGUCUAUUACACUAAUUUGAUAUUUUAUUUGUCAUUUGUCAUUCUACUGACAUCAUAUGCUCUCACUGUCAAUCCUCCAAAUUCAAACAUAUGUAUGGAAGUAUUUGGAAAUGACAAUGAAACAUCUAUUGAUUGCUUUACAGAGGAAAGAUUUGUAGCUCAAAUAUACAUAUCUAUUGCUAGUGUGUGCCUGAUUGUUUAUUCUGCAAUCAUGAUAAUACGAGAAGCAUUUCAACUGGUUUUGUUUCGAGAAGAGUAUUUGACCAGUCCUGUCAACUUUAUUGAAGUCCCACUAUUCAUCUUUACAAUAAUGUUUGCAUCAGUACAUAGCAACCAGUGCUUUUGUACUCGUUCAUGGCAGUGGCAGGUUGGAGUGAUUGCUGUAUUCCUCAGUUGGAUUGCACUAAUAUUCUCCAUAAGAAAGUUACCAGUAGUUGGAAUAUAUGUGGUCAUGUUUAUAAAGAUUUUUAACAACUUUAUCAAGGUUGUCAUCCUUGCCUUACUAUUAAUCUUAGCUUUUGCAGUUCCUUUUUAUAUGAUGUUUUAUGAUCCUCAAGAUAGAGCAGAAGGAAUACGUACUCCAUUUAUCACUCCAUGGAGGACAACUGUUAAGGCAAUAACAAUGACAGUGGGGGAACUUGAUAUGGAUUCAAUAUUGCGACAGAAUAAUCAAAUGAAUUCCCCUGAUGUGCAGUAUCCAGUGGUUUCAUUUUCAUUAAUAAUUGUGUUUGUGAUUUUAAUGCCGAUCCUAUUUCUUAAUUUAUUAAUUGGUUUAGCUGUUGGUGACACUGAUGAAAUACAAAAAUCAGCUGAUACUUACAGACUAACUUUGAGGGUUGAAUUUACAUUACCUAUUGAAGAAUUUCUAAGAUCAUUUAAGAACAAUCUUGAUAAAAAGGAGCGACUAAAAAAAGUUUCGACUUUGUUGGAAAAGAUUGUAACCAUUACUAAAACGAAGGAUAAACCAAACAAACAUAGUUUCUUGAAACGAAUAAUUGAUAAGAUUGAGAAAUCUAUUAAAACUGAACCUCCAGCAACUGUAGCUGAUGUUAAAAAUCAAAGCAAAUCAUUAUCUCAGGAAAUGAAGGACCUACGCAGUUCGGUAUCUCAGGAGGUGAAGGACUUACGCAGUUCAGUGUCUCAGGAGGUGAAAGACCUACGCAGUUCAGUGUCUCAGGAAGUGAAGGACCUACGCAGUUCAGUAUCUCAGGAAGUGAAGGACCUACGCAGUUCAGUGGCUCAAUUGCUAGCUAUUGUUAACAGUAUGAAUGAAAAAGUAGGAGGAGGAAAAGGAGGAACAGGAGAAGGAGGAUUGGGANCUGGAGGAUUAGAAGAGGAGNUGGAGCAACAGAAAUAAUUUUGCUUAGCUUUGGGAGGAGGGAGAGUGAUUUUUAACUUUAAAAAUUAAAAUUAGUAUUGUGUGGAUUUAAUAGACUAUUACAUGCUGAACUCUUUUAUAAUUCGUUUUUGUGUGUCCCUUUAUGCUCCCUUUGUCACUACUGUUCCUUAUUAGUUUUUAUUUUGUGUGCCCCUUAUUGCUAUUGCUUUUUAUUGCUUUUAUUUUGUGUGCCCCCUUAUUGCUUUUUAUUAAUUUUCACCGUUUAAUGCAUAAUGAUCCACGUGGCUAUACAUGUGAUAUUA